AUGUCAACCGAUCAAAAGCAUCUAUCUGAUAGUGCACAGUCCCUAAGGGACCAGGUUAUCAGAUGUAUAGAGAAAAUAGCCUGGAUAUCUGGGCUAGAUGAGCAAAAUUUGAAGGUAUAUAGUAUGCUUUCUAGAGAAAUUAGAGCGUUAGAUAAAAAACUAGAUGAUUAUCAUUCUGAGUAUAAUAGUUUAAAAAAGAUAGUAAAAAGAUUGGAAAGAGAUGUGAGAACCCAAAAAAUUGAAUUAGAAAAUAUAGACGAAUGUGUAGAUAGAAACACUGUAGUUGAUUUAAUAUAUAAAAUAGUUCUCCUUUCAUUAAUUAAUGAAAGAAAAAGUGAGGGCUCCUCCUACUCAUUUGAAACAUCUGAAGAAUCUGAUUCAGUUGAGAUAAUUGAG